CAAGACAUGUUCUUUUUUUUCUCUCCUCUUCCGUUUUUUUUUCCGUGUCUCGUCGCCACCGUUUUCCGGCGACUUCGCUCUUUUGUUCCCGCCGGAGAAACUCUCUCCCCUGCCCUUUCUCUCUUUCUCUCUGUCUUUUCGCCAUUUUUAUCCUCUGCAAAGAAUCGAAGAGAUCAUUACCUUGUUCAAGAGUAGAAAAGAGAACAACAAAUGGAUAUGGGACUUAGGAACGUGAGCUCCACAUGCUCGAUUUCUGAAAUGGAUGAUUUCGACCUUUCUCGCCUUCUUGACAAGCCGAGGUUGAACAUAGAGAGGCAAAGAUCAUUUGAUGAGAGGUCAUUAAGUGAGCUCUCGAUUGGAUUGACAAGAGGCCACGAUAACUAUGAGAGCACAUAUUCGCCUGGAGGAAGGUCAGGGUUCGACACACCAGCCUCAUCAGCUCGUAACUCAUUUGAGCCCCAUCCUAUGGUAGCUGAUGCUUGGGAGGCAUUACGGAAGUCUAUAGUGUACUUCAGAGGCCAACCUGUUGGGACUAUUGCUGCAAUUGACCAUGCCUCUGAGGAGGUCUUGAACUAUGAUCAGGUUUUUGUACGAGAUUUUGUACCCAGCGCCCUGGCUUUUCUGAUGAACGGUGAGCCUGAGAUAGUUAAGAACUUCUUGUUGAAGACGCUACAUCUUCAAGGGUGGGAAAAGAGAAUAGAUAGAUUUAAGCUCGGGGAUGGGGUCAUGCCAGCUAGCUUUAAAGUUCUCCAUGAUCCUGUUCGAAAAACGGAUACUCUUAUUGCAGAUUUUGGUGAGAGUGCAAUUGGAAGAGUGGCUCCUGUUGACUCUGGUUUCUGGUGGAUCAUUCUGCUCCGAGCAUAUACCAAGUCUACAGGGGAUCAUUCUCUGGCAGAGACUCCUGAGUGCCAAAAAGGGAUGAGACUUAUAUUGACUCUGUGCUUGUCAGAAGGGUUUGACACAUUCCCAACCCUUCUUUGUGCUGAUGGAUGCUCUAUGGUUGAUCGCAGAAUGGGAAUAUAUGGUUAUCCUAUUGAAAUUCAAGCACUCUUUUUUAUGGCAUUGAGAUGUGCUUUGUCUAUGUUGAAAGAUGAUGGAGAAAAUAAAGAAUGUACUGAGAGAAUUGUGAAACGUUUGCAUGCUUUGAGCUAUCACAUGAGAAGUUACUUCUGGUUAGAUUUUCAACAGCUAAAUGACAUAUACAGAUAUAAAACUGAGGAGUACUCGCACACUGCAGUAAAUAAAUUCAAUGUUAUUCCUGAUUCAAUCCCAGAAUGGGUAUUUGAUUUCAUGCCAACACGUGGUGGUUAUUUUAUUGGUAAUGUUAGUCCUGCAAGGAUGGAUUUUCGAUGGUUUGCUUUAGGUAAUUGUGUUGCCAUUCUCUCGUCUCUUUCAACUCCCGAGCAAUCAAAUGCUAUAAUGGAUCUUAUUGAAGCUCGUUGGGAGGAGCUGGUUGGAGAAAUGCCUUUGAAAAUAUCUUAUCCUGCAAUAGAAGGUCAUGAAUGGCGGAUUGUAACUGGUUGUGAUCCCAAGAAUACCAGAUGGAGUUACCAUAACGGAGGAUCUUGGCCAGUGCUUCUAUGGUUGCUAACAGCUGCGUGCAUCAAAACGGGACGACCACAAAUUGCAAGACGAGCAAUUGAUCUUGCCGAGGCGCGUCUGCUGAAAGAUGGCUGGCCAGAAUAUUAUGAUGGGAAACUUGGGAGAUAUAUGGGUAAACAGGCAAGGAGAUACCAGACAUGGUCUAUUGCUGGGUACUUGGUGGCAAAGAUGAUGCUGGAGGAUCCUUCGCAUUUGGGAAUGAUUUCUCUUGAAGAGGACAAGCAAAUGAAGCCAGUGCUUAAAAGAUCAACUUCUUGGACUUGCUGAAGAGGGAAACCAAGCAAGCAAGAAAAGUAGCAGGAAAACAAAAAAAAAAAAAAAACAGGAAAGAGAAAAGAAAAAUCAAGAGGUGAGAACUCCCUUUACAGCAAGCAAAAUUCUUUGCCGUUUGUCAUUGUUAGGUCUGAUUGAAAGUUUGGUUUGUGUACAAUAGCCUCUGCUAAGGUUACUUUCUUGCUAUUUUCAAAUAAUGAGAGACCUUUUUGCUGUUUGUAUUCAAGAAAAUUUUUGAACUGCAUUUUGGAAAGACUGUCCUUGGUUUAUGUUAGCAUCCAACAGCAGAAAAUGUAACAAGAUUUUAUCUUUAUAAUUUGCCAAGGACUUUCCACGGGCAGAGACUGGAAAUUUUUACAUAAUAGACUUCUGAAUUGAUACA